CACAGCUUCCGUGUUGUUGGUUUGUUCCUUGUCUCUGUAAUGUACAUGUGGGUCUACUGGAGAGAUUUAAUAAUACACAGCAGGUCAGGCUGAGUGGUGAGUAUGGAUCCUGCCGGUGUGGAACCUGGCAGUAUGGAACCUGGCAGUGUGGACAGUCUGAGGGAACCGACCAGUGUGCAACCAGGCAGCAGUAUGGAACCGGCCUGUGGUGUGGAACCGUCCAGAGGUGUGGAACCCGCCAGGGGUGUGGAACCGUCCAGAGGUGUGGAACCCGCCAGUGUUGACAGUCUGAAGGUUCUGUAUCAGAGCUGUGACUACAUCAUAGUGGAUAAGCACUGGGACAUCCGCAUCGACAGCAAGAUGUGGUACGAGAAACACACUGUCCAGAAACAGUUGGGACUCCGCUUCCCUGAGCUGGCCGACCCUGGGACGUACUAUGGAUUCAGGUUCUGUCACCAACUGGACUACUCCACCAGUGGGGUUCUGUGUGUGGCUCUGAACAAGGCUGCUGCUGGCCGGGUCUACCACUGUUUUAAAGACCGCAGAGCUACCAAGGUUUACCUAGCACUGGUGAGAAGCUGGGUAGAGGAGGAGUAG